GCAUGCGCCGGCUCCGAAAACGUAGUGUGCAUGCUCCAAUUCGGAGAGCGGACUACGCACGCGCGUUUGUAGAGCGUUUAUACAUCGUUUUUACUUUGGAGUGUUCUAGGGUGCCCAGAAGUUGAGCGGGGAGCCCUUAGAGAUCCCUUGGGAAGACUAAUGGGGGCCCUAGAGCAUAGGAGUGGACUGUCUUGUUGGCAUCUGAUUGGCUGGGAGGCGGUUCCCCUGAUGUAAUUAAUUUAAUUACCCAAUAGUGCUCUUCAACAUUCUGAGAAUGGUGAGAAAGAAAAUAGAUAACUCUCCAGGUCUUGCAGCAUGAUGAGGAGCUCUUCAUCAGUUCCCUGGCAUCUCUGACCACUUCACAGAGUUCCCAACUGUGAUGUUACUUCAGCUGCCAGAGCACACCUCAGUAUCUACAAAAGGCUGGAACAGUUAAGAAGCAGCCAGGCAGCUGCACAGACUUCCUUCCCACAACUAUUCCCUAGCCUGUGAUCAGUAAUUGUUCCCACAGUUAAGACUGAUUCUAUGCUACUUUGGUCACCUCACUUCCUCUGGCUUCAUUUCAUUAUUAAGAUGUCAUGUAGCCCUAAAGGACAGUCAGUUUUCACUUAGAUCUCCAGGUAACUCAAGCCCUCUGUAGAUGACAAUCCUUAGAAACUGCGACACAGACUAUAAUUCUAAAAAUGCCUCCUUUACUUGGCAUGACAAGGCACACACCCAGCACAGAAGGAGGAACGAGGAGUCCAUUCACAUAACUGCUCUCUCUGCCAAGCAACUAUCUGUCAGUGUGCCUGAGUGCUGUGUGCUCAGCAUGCUGUCACCAGAAACAUGCCUCAGCCAUCUGAAAGCCAUGACUGCUGUACAGUAACUGUUGAGUUGCAGCCUGAACCACUGAUUGAGCACCUGGGAAAAAGACCCAGUCAGCCCUGGGAGCACAGGUGAAGGCAAUUCAGCUGUGUGGAGGCUGGCUGCACCUCUCUUAGAUGCCUUUUAGGGCUGACUGCCACUAGGGAAGAAUCUCUGGUUGGAGUUUCCUCCUUUGUGGAUUCUUUCCUGUGAGUCUAGAUCCUUGGAGAUGGGUGAGCACCUUUACUUUUCCUUUGAAAUACCAUCCUAUCUGUGAUUGUCUCUUUGCUGUUACACAGCUGUAUUGCCCUUCUGCCGUGUUGAUCUUCCCCGUGGUGACAACUGUCCAUCCUCUGCCUUGUUCUCAGCCCUGUCAGUACUACUCCACUAAUGUUCCUUGACUAAAUACAGCCCUAGUCUUUUCUCGACAGAGAACAAUGCCACAGCAUGCAAAAGUUGUGGUUGCCGUCAGACUGCUCAGAAAACAGCGUCUAGCCACAAUGAAAAAUACACGGGAUGAAAAAUACAGCCUCCAAAAGAAUUAGAUGCUGAGCGACUAAGCUAUUGACACGCUGACUUUGCCCAGCACAAUGACGAAAGCAGGACUCUUUCCCUUGCUCAAGCUGCCUAACACACAACGUUAGCGCUCCCUUUGCGGCCGGCGCCACAGACCCGCGGGCUCUAGGACCCGGGCUCAGCAGCCUGCGCUAUGGUGCGCGGCGGAAAGGCCCUGGGCUGCCAAGCGCCACACCGCCGCGCGGCCCCCGCCGGUGGUCUCCGUGGCCGCAACGCUCGCCUGGCCCGCCCGAGCAGGGGAGCGCUGGGGCGCCGCGGUGGAAGUUUCUCCUGAUGCCGUUCUCAGAUGCGCCGGGCAGCUUCACCGCCAGUUGCUGCUGGUGCCCGGCGCCUCUGAGAGUCCUCUGCUCAGUCUCUGAAGAUCUUGGUUGCAGACGUGGAGAGUUUAGCAGGAAGCACUAUGGAUCUGUGGAGCUUCUUAUAUCUAGUGAUGCUGAUGGAGCUAUUCAAAGAGCUGGACGAUUCCGAGUGGAAAAUGGCUCUUCUGAUGAGAAUACAGGCUACACUCCAGGUACAUGGCACAGGACGGAUGUACAUUUGGAAAAUCCAGAGUAUUAUACAAGAUGGUAUUUCAAAUAUUUUUUAGGAAAAGUUCAUCAAAAUUAUAUAGGUACAGACUCAGAGAAGAACCCUUUCUUUCUGUCUGUUGUACUUUCUGACCAAAAUAAUCAGCGUGUUCCUCAAUACCAUUCAAUUCUUUGGAGAAAAACGGGUACUCAGAAAAUAUGUCUCCCUUACAGUCCCACAAAAACAUUAUCAGUGAAAUCUAUAUUAAGUGCAAUGAGUCUUGAGAAAUUUGAGAAGGGACCAAGGGAAAUUUUUCAUCCUGAUAUACAAAAGGAUUUAUUGGUUCUUGAAGAACAAGAGGUAAACGGAUCUGUGAAUUUUAAAUUUGGAGUCCUUUAUGCUAAGGAUGGGCAGCUUACAGAUGAUGAAAUGUUCAGCAAUGAAACUGGAAGUGAGAGCUUUCAAAGAUUUUUGCAUCUCUUGGGUGACACAAUUACUUUGAAAGGCUGGACAGGCUACAGAGGAGGACUGGACACAAAAAAUGAUACAACAGGAACCUUUUCCAUCUAUACAGUUUACCAAGGGCAUGAAAUUAUGUUCCAUGUUUCGACAAUGCUACCAUAUUCUAGAGAGAACAAACAGCAGGUAGAAAGGAAGCGGCAUAUUGGAAAUGACAUUGUCACUAUCGUAUUUCAGGAAGGAGAAGAGACUGCUCCAGCAUUCAAGCCAUCCAUGAUUCGCUCUCAUUUUACACAUAUUUUUGCCUUAGUGAGAUAUAAUAAGCAGAAUGAUAGUUACAGGCUAAAAAUAUUUUCAGAAGAAAGUGUUCCUCUCUUUGGGCCUCCACUUCCAUCCCCACCUGUGUUUACAAAUCACCAGGAAUUCAGGGAUUUUGUUUUGGUGAAAUUAAUAAAUGGGGAAAAAGCCACCUUGGAAACACCAACAUUUUCUCAGAAACGUCAGCGCACUCUAGACAUGCUGAUCCGCUCUUUAUACCAGGACCUGAUGCCUGAUCUACACAAGAACAUGCUGAACAGAAGGUCCUUCAGUGAUGUGUUACCAGACUCCCCAAAAUCAACACGGAAGAAGGAGGAAGCUCGGCAAGCAGAAUUUGUCCGACUUGGUCAGGCACUCAAACUGAAAACUGGUGUGAAAGGGGAUGCACCAACUACCUUGGCAACUACAAGCUUUUGUAAAAAGGAGCCUUGGGAGUCCCAGUCUUUCUGCAGUAAUUUUCCUCAUGAGGUUGUCUGUGCAGAUUCUUGGGGCCAGUCCUUGCUGGUUUCUACAGAUGCUGGCAUCUUGUUAAUAGAUGAUGGUCAAACCACUGUUCAAGUAUUUGAUAAAACUCUGCAAAUAAAGCAGAUGCAUGUGUUGGAAGCUCUGGAUUAUUUGAUUGCCCGAACAGACAAAGGGAAAGACUCCCGUCUCCUUGUCUUCAGAUUGAGUUCAGUCCAAAAAGAUAUAGAAACAAAGCAGGUGAUAAGAAGCAAAUAUGACUGCAGAGAAAAUAAAUUGGAGAGAACAAAAGGCUGCCAUUUAUAUGCCAUAAAUACUCACCAUAGCAGUGAACUGAGGAUUGUUGUGGCUAUUCGGAACAAACUACUUCUCAUCACAAAGAAAUACAAUCCAUGCAACAGUUUAACAGGCAGCUCUCUAUCAUUAUCUGAAUCUCCAGUAGAGGAGUUCCAGUAUAUCCGGGAAAUAUGUCUUUCUGACCCUCCAGUGGUUAUGACGCUAGUUGAUGGACCUACUGGAGACAGUGACAAUAUGAUUUGUGUAGCUUAUCGGCAUCAGUUUGAUUUAGUUAACGAAAGUACUGGGGAGUCCUACAGACUGCAUCAUAUUGAAGCCAACAAGGUUAAUUUUGUUGCAGCUAUUGAUGUAUAUGAAGAUGGUGAAGCUGGUCUACUGUUAUGUUAUAACUAUGUUUGCCAGUAUAGAAAGGUGUAUCCUUUUAAUGGAGGUUCUCCACUGAUCCAGCCAUCAGCUUAUGAUUUUCACUUUAGCUGGAAUCAAGUUCCUUAUGCUGUUGUCUGUGCUUUCCCUUAUAUACUUGCCUUCACUACUGAUUCCAUUGAGAUCCGUUUAGUGGUGAAUGGAAACUUAGUCCACACAGCAGUUGUGCCUGAGCUUCAACUUGUCGCAUCAAGGUCGGAUAUUUAUUUUAAAGCUACUGCUGCAGUAAGUGGAUCAUCUCAUAGCAGUUCUAAGGAAAUGAGUUCAAGGAGUUCACCUCAAACACCUACAGCUUAUGACAUGCUGGAAUGUUCUCUUUCUUCUUCAGAAGUUUCAGGUGAAGUUGCAUGUAAAAACUUGUAUAAAAUUCCUCUUAGUAAUCUGGUUGGGCGAAGCAUUGAACGACCUCUGAAGUCACCUUUGACUCCUAAAGUAGUCACUACUCCAACAUCCAGUGGCAUUACCUCUCUUCCUGUUACUCACUCACUAUCCUUAUCUCGCAUGGAAAUUAAAGAAAUUGCAAACAGAACGCGUAAAGAAUUGCUGGGCCUCUUGGAUGAGCCUAUUCCCAAGACAGAAGGUGCACAGAAGCAAAAAAAGGUUUCUCGAAGACAGUCAGACCCCAAGCAGGGAGCAGUAAGAUCAACUAGUAGUGACAGUGACUUUUGUCUUCAUCUUUGCAGAAUAAUCUCAGCCUCUUUCGAAAGCUAUUCUGAGGGUCGUCAUCUUUCCACUAGUUCAGAUCCUGAUUCUGUAGCAAACAGGGAGGAGAGCUCACCAUUUAGCUAUCCAUUUCAUCUGACUUCUUUAUAUGAUGAAGACAUCAUUGACUUGAAGUGAAGACAGACAAGACUGUUCCUUACUUCACCUUUUCUCACAACUCUGUGAGCUCUGUAGGAAUGUCACAAGCAGUGCUUCUAGUGGUAAAAUGUGGCUGGAAGUAUUGGUGAUUAAUCUUUGUAAGUCUCAUGUUGUUCUGGCUUGCUUAGCCUGGUUUGGUGAAGCUUACAUCUUUGACGUCUGUAUGUUUUCUCAUCUCAGUUAAUGAACCAUUACUUUUCUGUGGUAUUUUAAAGGUAGGUUAUCAAUGAGAGCUAUAGGCUGAAAUUGAACUAAAUAAAAAGUAUUACUUAUUCUGAGCUACCUGAAGUAGCAUUCCGUGAAGUUAAUUGCUGUUACUAAUGUCGUGAAUUGUUUUACAACAGUGUGUGCAAUGUAGGAAGAAUUUUGUAAUGAAAAUCACUCCUUUUGUUGUUGUAUUUUCAAUCUUAAGCUAAAAAAACCCACAACUGUCUAGGCAAGAUCUUUCCAAACAGUGCAGUCUGUCCUUGAAAUGAUGCAGCUGUGUUUUGUUCAAUGAAGAAUCAAGAAUAUUCUAUAAAGAUCAGGUGACAUAUGAACAUGCUGUUUUCUCUGACCUGUCUGUGUACGUAUUUUUAGAAGAACUUGAAAAAUGUUUUGGCAUUAAGAAUCUUUGAGCAGAGGGAGUUUUAUUUAAAAAACAAACAAACAAAAUCUUCCUUAAAAAUUUCAAGUCAAAAUUAUACUGUAUUUCUCCAUCUACUGGAAUAACUUUUCUGUAAUGCACCUUCGGAUUUCCUCAUUACAGCCAGAAGCCACCCCCUAAUUUUCUUUCUGACUACAGAAAGAUUCCUGUGCAGGCAUCAAAAUUUGUUGUUGUUUGCUCUUGCACCAACAAUAGAAUUCGGUGCUUCAGAUUGACAUUUUUCUAAGUGGAUUCAGACUAAAAUUUUACUGCUAGGAAGCUAGUUUUCUAUGAUGAAAUAGCCAUAUAAAAUCUUUUGUUUUGUUAAAGGACAAGAUUUCAUCAUUAAGCUUGAUUUUUUUUUUUUUUUACCCUUCCCUCUAUGCCAAAAAGUCAAUAUUAAACAAUAUUUUGGAAGAGUUUGUUUUUCAUAAAAAUGUGAUGUUUCCAGGCUUUUUAUAUAUAAAGAUGUGGGCUUUAUUAGCAGGUAUUUCUUGCUCCUUACGUAGACAUGAUUCUGUAUCCUUGUUUUUUUUUUUUUAAUGUAGUACAUGUAAGCAUGACAAUCUGGUGAUUUGUGCCUUUUGCUUCUGCCUGUCUGAAUAUGAAACUUUUGCAAAGUUUUUCAUGCCCUGUUUAUUGUAUUAUGAUGGAUUAAUAUCUCCACCUAAGAAAAUAUGCAAGGCCAUAACUUGAAAGAAUCACUUCUUAUUCUUGAUCAAGAAAAGCAGCAAUAAUUUUAGCAGUACCUAGUUCAGGAGCAGAAGCAGUAUUAACCAGUGGCUGCUCAUAUCUUUUUUUUUUUUAGUAUUUUGGCAACCAUGGACAUGUGGGGUGAGCCUUAAUAAACUUCUGAAAGGAAGUACCACCUUAAACUCUUUGCAGGAGCUUGUAAUUCUUUUUCAGAAUGUUUCCAGAGACCCUUUAACCCAACUUAUUUAUCUGGUCACUUGAGGUUUAAGAAAAAUGGGUCUGAAAGUAUCGUAUGGUCCUUAUCCUGCUGGAAGUUGUGAACACUUUUGUGGGCUUAAUGAAUCCACUUUAGGAAGCACUGUUCGCACUUAAAUAUUUUUAGAAAGCAGAAGCAUUGCUAAUGUCUGAGUGUAGUAUUUAAUUUCUUUUGUGUCAGUGUUUUUGAAGUCUGUAUCAGUUUGCUGCAAAACUCAGGCUUGAUUUAAAAGAAUAUUUUAACUGGAAACCUUGCUUAGUGAUUUUAGAAUAUCACAUCUUGAAUGUGCUGCAGAAGCUCACUUCUGUUAUUCUAGCAUGAUUUAACAUGAGUGAAGAACCUGAACAAACAUGUUUAGGUAUAUCUUGAAAAGACGUGGAAAGACCCUUAUAGAUGGAACACUGAAGAAGAAUAGAGACAGCUUGACAGUACUGGACCCCUGUGUCAAACUAAGACAUGACUAUACGUGGAGGGGGUAUAAGGCAAGAGUUGCUUUCUUUAAGCAGAACCACAACAGUGCCAACAGAAAGAAGCUUUGUAGUUCUGCCUGUAAUAGCAGCAUUGAUGACAUCUAGCCAAUACUAGAAAGUGGCAAAAGGAUUGUAAUGAAUACAGCAGAAACUUGACAUUUUAUGCAAGACAAAAAAUAAAAAGACUAGCUUCAUGGUAUUUAUCUGGAACAAGAUGUUGGAAUAGUUUGAGGACAGAAACAUAGUUCCUGUGUCAACUCACUUGUCUUAAUGCUGCCUCUUCUAACUCACCAGCUGAAUUUUAUGAUACAGCAUGACUUAAUGGAUCAACUGUUAUGUAAGUCACAUUGGAAACUACCAGACCUAAAAGAAUUCAUACUCAUAUAGGACAGGCAAGAUCUGAACAGUGGAAGAACUACCUGUCUCCAUUCCUAAUGUAUGUAGUGCCUUAACAAUACCACUUUUGCUUCUGUAAUUGGUAUGUCAUAUAGGUAUGUAAGAACAAUAUUAGACCUAGUAAAAGGAGAUGAAGAGGGGUCAGGCAAUGCUGGGUUGGGUUUUUUGUGUGGUUUUUUUUAAUAUUACUCCUAGACGUGGUAACUAAGGCUUUAUGGUCACAUUCAUGUCAUUUACUACUUACAGUAAGAGUGUGUCCUGGAGUGUGGGUAUAAGACAGGGAAUGCGGUAGUUAUGCUUGGAUUUUGUUUGAUGCAAGCUAUGAGAACCAAACUGUGAAAUUCUUUAUGACAUUUUUCUUACCUAAAAGACAAAGUAACACAUAAUGUGAAGCUGCUAGUACAACUGACAAAUAUACACUGUACAAGGAUGUGGUUUCCGUUGACUUAAAACAGUCUUAUCAGACUCUCACAAGUUAUGUGCAUCUUUGUGUGAUGAGCUGUUGUCCUCAGAACUAGCAGUCUCAAAACAGGACAAGGUUUUAAUACAUCUGUAAUCUUUCUUUCAGACCAAUGUCAAGUGACCAGGGAAAAUGAAAUGGCUUCCUGGAAGUCUGGAAUGGACUGCUAUGCUGUUGUUCACUCCAGUGCCUUGAAGCCACGUUAGUUCCUUUCCUGUCUGGAAUUGUCAUCACUUCUGCACAGUACCUUAGUCUGACUAAGUUAUAGGAAUUUCCUGUAAUGCACCUGUUUUACUUUAGUGCAAGCAGCAGGACUGAACAGGCAGCUAAUUUAAAAUGGAUUUGUACCUCUUCAACAGCAUCAGUAAUAACAUACGGAAUCACAGAAUAGGUAAAGUUGGAAGGGACCAGAUGAGAUCAUCUAGCCCAAAACUCACCCCCAGAUAUCUCCAUUCAAAACAGCAUGAACUAGAGCAGCUUGUUCAGUAUCACGUUAUUGAAUUUUGAUUCAAUUCAAGAAUGAAUAAGCAGCAUUUUCAGUAACUCAUCAUCCUUCUAUUACAUUAACUUUAUAACAUGCCUAUAAACUGUCACAACUUUGAGUGGGACUCAAGAGCCCUGGUACACGUUAGUUUAUUCCUUCCCACGUGUAUAAUAUGUGGCACUUAAGGCUGAGGCUUGAUGAGUCCUUCCCAAGGUGUGCAUACAGUUUGGCACUUAGGAACUUGUAUGGCAAACAGGUAUAGGACCAGAGAGAUUACUGCAUUUCAAAGGAGAAAUGAAAUAAAGAUCUUACCUGUGUCCUAGGCUUGCAGAAGGGCUCCAAGAGAAGGGAUCUCCAGAUAAAGAUCCUUCCUUGUUGGGAGUCAGCACUUAAAUGGGGUCUAGGAGGGAUGGAGCCAGGCUCCACCCCUUCCGGUCACUCAGGUGAAAUUGCGUUCACCUGUGCCCCUGCAGCUGACUCAGCGCUCACCUCAGGUGGUCAAUCAGAGGUUCAGGCUGUGAUUCAACAGUUCCCAUACAGAACUAAAGAACAGAGAUGAACCUACCUGUGUUCCAGACUAAAUGUCCUUUCUUUCCAGUCUCAGAAAUAGAAAGUAUGAAAUGUUUCCUUCUGUAGAAAGAGAAACACUGAAGUACAACAUGGCAACAUGGAAGGGCUAAGUGCUCCCAUGAUGGCAAAAGAUAGAUUCCAGGUUGAAUGAACGUAUGUGAUUAAGAACUUCAGUUGCUUGGUUUACAAAGGACAGGUGUGACCUAUUCUCGUUACAAUUGUUUCCUAGUUUGGAGCUGGUUCUUCUAAUUUAUUCUGGCUUUUUGUGUGUGUGUGUGUGUGUGUGUGUUAGUCAUACUGACUAGUGUCAUUAUUAACAAUUUUGAUGUCAUGUGCCCAGUGCUUGCUAAUUUUGUAAAAGCACUUUUCUCAGAAAUUGAGGCAUAGCCUGAUUUUGUGGGGAAACAGGUUAUACUCUGAGAAAUAAAUACACUGCAUUAACAAUACGAGGAAGCUUCUGUGACAGGAUGCAGCAAGCAUGCAGGAUAGAAAGUAUGGAUACUGUUACUACAAUUGAGCACAGCCAUUUCAGCAGUCUGCUUAAUGCCUAGCUGCUUCACUUUAUCGUUGCAGACCUGCAACUGACUGAGUACUUGUUUGCUACUGAAAAUUAUAUUAGGAUAUGAUCUGAGGAAAAAAACUGAGAUUAUUUUUUCUCUUAUUUAUUGCUCUAUUACAUAAUUAACUGAUCGAACGGAAAAUGUUCUCUCCAAAGGUUUUUGCAGAAAGUGUAACUGACCUGCAAUGGCAGCUUUAACAGAGACUUUGAAUGUUAGAAGGCUGUUUUGUAUUUCAGUAACCGCGGUGUUAAGACAGAUGCUGAGUCUGUGAUCAAAACCUCUUUACUAUCACUUGUCUUAAAUACCGAUGUAUUACCACUGUGUUUAAUGUCAUGUGAUAGUGCAUAUGCUUUGUGUUUUAGAUGUAGCAUCUAAAUAGAAACAUUCCUACCACAGCUGGAAAUGUUUUAAGUGCGCUUUAUUGUUAUUGUGGAGGAGGAAGAAAUGAUUUACUCCUUCAUAUGUAAUAAAUUUUACAUCAGUUCUUCCUUUGACACUUGUAGGGCUAAUAGAUUUUCUAAAUUCGGUUCAGGGAUUACUAUAGUUCUCUAAAAAUGUUUUAAACCUGUUGUUCAUUUAAGUACUGUUACACCCAAGAGAUUGACCUUAAGCUCUAUCCCUCUUUGCCAAGAACCAAUCCAGGAUGGGUUUGUUUCUGGGCCUUGUUGACUCAGACCUUCUCCAAUGCUAGACUUUUACCCCUUAAGUUAACACUAUAAGAGAGCUGGCGCAUGCGCAGUACGGUAUCGGAGCUACAGCAUGCGCGGUGCGAUCUCGGGGGUGGCGCAUGCGCAGUGUUCACUCCGGGCUGGCGCAUGCGCGGUGGCGUCUCGGGGAUGGCGCACGCGCAACAUUCACUCCGAGCUGGCGCAUGCGCAGCACGGUAUCGAAGCUACAGCAUGCGCGGUACUGUCUCGGGGAGCGGCGCGUGCGCAGUGUUCACGCCGAGCUGGCGCAUGCGCAGACCGCUCCCGAAUAUGGCGCAUGCGCACUCUGGUGCCGUAGCUGGCGUAUGCGCAGGGAUCUCGCUGAGCAUUAAAUUCUCCUCGGUUAAGCCACGCCCCCUCGUCGGUUAAGCCCCGCCUUUUCGCCCCCUCCCGAUUUCUGUUUGGUGUAGGCCUGAAGGAGUGAUGGAGCAUCUGAUGGGGGUGUGAACAGCCCAGGGAACACAGGUGGAAGCAAUUCCCCUGUGGGGUGGGAAGGGGAGGAGCCAAAGCCCACCCUGAGCUCAUUUAAAGGCUGGAAGCUGAAGGGGGAGGAUCAGUGCUUGGUGGUUGCUCUGGCUGUUUGGUAAGCACCAAAACAGUUUGCUGGACUGGAGACUCAACCAUCAGAUGCCGUUGUUAUUCCUGGUCUCCCCAGAUUGCAACGUUGGAUGUGCCCUGAUCCUUGGAAAGGGGUAAGUGAUUCCUUCAUCCUUACCAGAAGGUGAUCUCUACUUACCUUAUCUUGUGUCCAUCAGGUGGCAGUGGAGAGUUGUGACCCUCCCGAGCGGUGCAAGGAUUCUACUGAGGCUCUUGGUGGACACAGUAGGAACCCACAGCCUGAGAUGGACGCCAAGAUCCACUCCUUCCUUUGUCUGGCAAGCUCUGCUGACCCGUGAGGUCAUUCCCAUGCUUGCAGAGGUCCUGUGGGCUUGGUGUUGGUUGUCCUUUGUGCUCACCUUGCUGUCACUGGCUGUUCUUCCUUUACCCAUCUUUAGGGCUCCUCAGUUCUGGUGGGAUCUCAGUACCCACUGCUGAUUCCACCAAACCUUGAUCUCUUUUUUUUCUUUUUGAGUUCAGUAUUGUUUCUUUUACUUACUGUUCUUACUUGAAAGAUAUUGGUUUCUAGAGCCUUCUGUCAAUAGGAAAACUGUAAUGUAAGGGCUGGAAGCAAUGAUUGACAACCUGGUGCAGGAUUUAAACAGCUGGUGCACAGGUGAUGUAAUUAACCUGGAGGUGGGACUGGGUGGAGCCAGAGCCCACCCUGAGCUCAUUUAAAGGCUGGAAGCUGAAGGGGAGGGGUCUGUGCCUGGUGGUUGCUCUGGCUGUUUGGUUGGGUGAGUGCUGAGCCUUGGGAAGGGCUACGUUGUUGUUGUUUCUUUGCUUGAUGCUGAUCUGUUUGUUUUUGGUUCAGUGUUGAGCAGAAGGUUCUGGACACCAGGACUUCUUCCAGGCGGUGUGAGGACUCCACUGAGGACCUUGGUGGACGCAGCUGGAAGCCACAGCCAAGGCUGGACACCAACAUCCACACUUGAUCUUGUCUGGCAAGAUGUAUUGCUCCCAGAGAGUGUUCUUGCUCUUCCGGUGGUUUGAUGGGAUUGGUGUCAGUUUGUACUCAUGCUCACUGGGCUUUCCAGGGGUGUUCUACUUGCAUUACACCAUCUUUCCCACCCUCUAUUUCCAAGUAGGAGCUCCCCUUGGCCUCCAUGUCUCGCUCUGGCCAGGCAGAUGUGGUGUGCCAAUGGUACACAGAGUCCAGACCCUGAGCAGAAGAACAGCUGAGGAGAGAGGCUGCCCUGGGUGAGACAGGAGAAGUGCCCCUUGAAGUGGGGGACGCCCCGCUGGUGCUGCCUCUCGCAUCCACCGGCAGCAUGUUCCUUUUAAAUUAUAUUCUCUCUUCUGAUCUCAGUUUGCUGCUCAAUGGGGUUUAAGGAUUGUUAGGGCUCCUCUAAUCGGUGGUGUGAGGCCUGUGGAGCAGGUAAUGGAACAUCACGAGUCCCAUGUUGGUGCAUUGCUUGUGUGCAGGUAGGUUUGCGAUGACUGUAGGAAGCUCACUUAGAGAUUGAAUGGGGUUGCGAGGGGCUCACCUCAAUGCAGGGGGUCUGUUAUCUCAUCCCAAUGAGCCUCAUGGCUGAUGAUAGAGUGAGGUGCAUCAGCCGGGACCUGAAGAACACUCCUGAACCCCAGUGGCCAUUUGCUUCAACCUCACUCAGUAUAAUACAGUCUGCACCACUUGAGCAUACUGACCACAGGUAUUCUGUUCCUGUUUGCUGCUUCUCUCAUGUAUCUCCCUUACUGAUUCGUCAGUGAAAAUGGAUCCCAGGGCAUCACUCUCAGAGCACAUCACGGCUGACUACCCCAGGGUCUUACUGUCAUUUCUGUUUCAGCAGAAGAUCUGGGUUUGUGUUAAUAAAAAAGAAAGGGUUGUCCUCUUCUGGAUGACUAUGGUCGGGAUCUCUCCAUAUAACUCAUCCCAAUUGUCAGGAGAUGCUAUUUGUUUCCUAAUCUGUAUGAUACCCUGUAUGAUAUUGGCCCUGCCUGGAAGGGAGGUUGGAGAUUCAUGAUCCUUGAGGUCCCUUCCGACCCAGACCAUUCUUCCUCCCCAUGCCUCUUCCUCCCAUCCCCUGACCCCCAUUAAGUAGCUUAUAAACAGCAUUAAUUAUAUCCCUAAUGCUCCCUUGUGUCAUCCUUAGAGCAGUGCACACAGGGUGCAGCCCUACAUAUGUGGGGCGGCGCUUUCAUUACUGCAUUGUGUCCAACAGGUGGCAGCGGAGAGCUGCGGUGCUCCUGAGUGCUGUAAGGACUGCUCGGAGAGAUGUGCAGGUCUUCAUGGGAACAGCAAGCAACCGAAAGCUGCAUUUCCUGGGAUGCCCUGGAACCCCACUUUGCUGACUGGUAAUUGUCUGCCCAGCAGGUGGCAGCGGAGAGCUGCGGUGCUCCUGAGUGCUGUAAGGACUGCUCGGAGAGAUGUGCAGGUCUUCAUGGGAACAGCAAGCAACCGAAAGCUGCAUUUCCUGGGAUGCCCUGGAACCCCACUUUGCUGACUGGUAAUUGUCUGCCCAGCAGGUCUUCAAUGAAGAUAUUGGACAGAACAGACCUGAAGAGCACUCAGGAUGGCAUACCUGCUGCAUUUAACAGGACUGAGCAGCACUCAUUAGGCCAGGUGGUUCAGCUACUUCUUCAUCUAGCAAGCAAUGUACCCGUCCAAGUAGCCGGCUGCAAUCUUUCAGAGAAUUUCAAGGGAGAGCACAUCAAAGGGUUUGCCUCACUCAUGCGGUUGGGUCACCUUCGCUUUGAGUUUGCUAGCGUGGCUGACCCUAAUCCCGUAACUGACAUCCUGUAGCUGGACAGAGACCAUUUGUGCUCCAUCCAGGAUGUUUGAGACUCACGGCCAUGCUGAGAGUCACACUGAUUUCAGCGUGUGCUGUCAUUUUGCAUCAACCCAAUUGACUUUAGCUUUACAAACAGUUUAUCUCAGCCAAAUUGGCUUUAGCUUUGCAAUCAAUUGAUCUCAGCCAAAUUGGCUUUAGCUUUGCCUUGCUUACGGGGUUGGGUUAGCUUUGCUUUGUAUGUUUGUACCGCAGGGCUAACCCAACCCCGUAACCAACGCCCGAGGCCAGCGGAGGCCAUUUGCGCUCCUUCCCGGCCAGUCUGAGACUCGCGCCCCUUUGUGGCCAUUCUGAGACUUGCGCUGAUUUUGGCAGGUGCAGUCAAUUGAUCUCAUCCAAAUUGGCUUUAGCUUUGCAAUCAAUUGAUCUCAUCCAAAUUGGCUUUAGCUUUGCAAUCAAUUGAUCUCAUCCAAAUUGGCUUUAGCUUUGCCUUGCUUACGGGGUUGGGUUAGCUUUGCUUUGUUUGUUUGUACCGCAGGGCUAACCCAACCCCGUAACCAACGCCCGGGGCCAGCGGAGGCCAUUUGCGCUCCUUCCCGGCCAGUCUGAGACUCGCGCCCCUUUGUGGCCAUUCUGAGAGUUGCGCUGAUUUUGGCAGGUGCAGUCAAUUGAUCUCAGCCAAAUUGGCUUUAGCUUUGCAAUCAAUUGAUCUCAUCCAAAUUGGCUUUAGCUUUGCCUUGCUUACGGGGUUGGGUUAGCUUUGCUUUGUUUGUUUGUACCGCAGGGCUAACCCAACCCCGUAACCAACGCCCGAGGCCAGCGGAGGCCAUUUGCGCUCCUUCCCGGCCAGUCUGAGACUCGCGCCCCUUUGUGGCCAUUCUGAGAGAUGCGCUGAUUUUGGCAGGUGCAGUCAAUUGAUCUCAUCCAAAUUGGCUUUAGCUUUGCCUUGCUUACGGGGUUGGGUUAGCUUUGCUUUGUUUGUUUGUACCGCAGGGCUAACCCAACCCCGUAACCAACGCCCGGGGCCAGCGGAGGCCAUUUGCGCCCCUUCCCGGCCAGUCUGAGACUCGCGCCCCUUUGUGGCCAUUCUGAGAGAUGCGCUGAUUUUGGCAGGUGCAGUCAAUUGAUCUCAUCCAAAUUGGCUUUAGCUUUGCCUUGCUUACGGGGUUGGGUUAGCUUUGCUUUGUUUGUUUGUACCGCAGGGCUAACCCAACCCCGUAACCAACGCCCGGGGCCAGCGGAGGCCAUUUGCGCCCCUUCCCGGCCAGUCUGAGACUCGCGCCCCUUUGUGGCCAUUCUGAGAGAUGCGCUGAUUUUGGCAGGUGCAGUCAAUUGAUCUCAUCCAAAUUGGCUUUAGCUUUGCCUUGCUUACGGGGUUGGGUUAGCUUUGCUUUGUUUGUUUGUACCGCAGGGCUAACCCAACCCCGUAACCAACGCCCGGGGCCAGCGGAGGCCAUUUGCGCCCCUUCCCGGCCAGUCUGAGACUCGCGCCCCUUUGUGGCCAUUCUGAGAGUUGCGCUGAUUUUGGCAGGUGCAGUCAAUUGAUCUCAGCCAAAUUGGCUUUAGCUUUGCCUUGCUUACGGGGUUGGGUUAGCUUUGCUUUGUUUGUUUGUACCGCAGGGCUAACCCAACCCCGUAACCAACGCCCGAGGCCAGCGGAGGCCAUUUGCGCCCCUUCCUGGCCAGUCUGAGACUUGCAUUUACUUCAGGUGGGCUGAGAUCUGCUCUGCUGCUGAGGUGGGCUGCAGUACAUAAUGUUAGUGUGAAUGUAAUGUCAUUUAUUAGAUGUGGAUGCUUUUUGACCAUUGUCUUGUUAGUCUGACAUAUGUGUUAAUGUUAACCAUGCCUUAAAAUGUAUGGAAUAUGUGGGUGCUGUGCCUGUAAACAGUGUCUUAGAACAUGGAAUUGUACAGAAUAGCUGUUUGCGUUUGUCAACAUCCAAGAGAUUCUGUAACGUGGGUACAUUUGUAGGAGUCAUGUCUUGAGGAAAGAGUGCUGCAAUAAACUAGUACUUGCGUAAUCUAA